GUGAGCCAGGGUAAUUCCUACUUUUUUUGCAGAAGAACAUCAAGAAGCAGUAGAUGGGUGAGGAAGGCAUUGGGGAUAAAUAGAUUGAGACAGGUGAGAAGAACGGAGAGAGAAACACAAAGGAGUGUUAAAAUACCAAGGAGCUUCCUCUUUGCACGUGUCUUACCUCUUUAUAAAGAGUCCUUUGAGAAAGCACUGACUUCCAUAGCAACACAUGAAUACAAUAAGAUCAGGAUUACCAAAACUAUUGUAUGAUGCAACAGUGGUUCCUAACAUUCUGUUAACUACUUUGCUGCUGCACAUUGAGGGGAUGUUUUCAGGGAAUGAUCUACAAUGACAAGAUGUUUCUUGAAUGGUAACAGCUAAUUAAGGCCUAUCAUUUGCAUCCUGUCCUGCGUAUGGUGCCUUUGCUGAAGUGCUGUGCAUGGUGGACCUGAGUAAUCCCCAUGACACGUUCCGGGAUGGCAGCUAGGUGACGACAGCUGAGGAUGACCCUUACUGAAAAGCUGCGCGAGACAAUAUCGCGGGCAUUCUACAACCACGGGCUGCUGUGUGCUUCCUACCCCAUUCCCAUCAUCCUCUUCACUGGCCUCUGCAUCCUGGCCUGCUGCUACCCACUGCUUAAGCUUCCCUUGCCUGGAACAGGCCCUGUGGAGUACAGCACCCCUGUGAAGGAUUACUCGCCACCUUCUUCAGAGCAAGGCCCCCAGCAAGGAGAUCCUAAUGAGAGACCUGAUUGGUACCUGGGCGCUCCCGUGGCCUACAUCCAGCAGAUCUUGGUGAAAGCCACGGUCUCACCAUGGCGCAAGAACUUCCUUGCUGUGGAUGUGUUCCGCUCGCCGCUCUCCCGUGUCUUUCAGCUAGUGGAGGAAAUCAGAAACCACGCCUUGAGAGACAGUUCUGGGAUCCGAAGUUUGGAGGAAGUCUGCCUUCAAGUGACAGAUCUCCUGCCCAGCUUGAAGAAGCUGCGAGACCUGCUACCUGAACAUGGCUGCCUCCUGCUGUCGCCUGGGAACUUCUGGCAGAACGACCGAGAGCACUUUAACUCGGACCCCGAUAUCAUCAAAACCAUCCACCAGCACGAACCAAAGACACUGCAGACAUCAGCUACCCUCAAAGAUCUCUUGUUCGGAGUCCCAGGGAAGUACAGCGGUGUGAACCUGUACAACAGGAAGCGGGUGGUGUCCUACACCGUCACACUGGCCCUCCAGCGAUACGAUUCCCGGUUUCUCACCAGCCUCCGCUCCCGUCUGAAGCUGCUGCACCCUAGUCCCAACUGCACCCUGCGGGAGGAGCAUGUCGUUCACGUCCACUUCAAGGAAGAGAUUGGCAUCGCUGAGCUGAUCCCCCUCGUCACCACCUACAUCAUCCUCUUCGCUUACAUCUACUUCUCCACACGGAAGAUUGAUAUGGUGAAGUCAAAAUGGGGCUUGGCCCUGGCGGCAGUGGUGACAGUGCUCAGCUCGCUGCUCAUGUCGGUGGGUCUGUGCACGCUCUUCGGCCUGACGCCUACACUCAACGGAGGGGAGAUUUUUCCGUACCUGGUGGUGGUGAUUGGCCUGGAGAAUGUGUUGGUUCUCACCAAAUCGGUUGUCUCCACACCCGUUGACCUGGAAGUGAAACUGAGGAUCGCACAAGGCUUGAGCAACGAGAGCUGGUCUAUUAUGAAGAACAUGGCCACGGAGCUUGGGAUCAUCCUGAUUGGGUAUUUCACGCUCGUCCCAGCCAUCCAGGAGUUUUGCCUCUUUGCUGUGGUUGGCCUGGUGUCCGAUUUCUUCCUACAGAUGUUUUUCUUCACCACCGUACUGUCCAUUGACAUUCGCCGGAUGGAGCUUGCUGACCUGAACAAACGGCUGCCAGCAGAAGCCUGCAUGCCCUCGGCAAAGCCAAUGAGCCGCUCCCAGCGGUACGAGCGCCAGCCAGCCAUGCGGCCAGCCACCCCGCACACCAUCACCCUGCAGCCGUCGUCCUUCAGGAAUCUGCGCCUGCCCAAGAGGCUGCGGGUGAUCUAUUUUUUUGCCAGGACCCGUCUGGCCCAGCGGCUCAUCAUGGCUGGCACGGUGAUUUGGAUUGGAAUCCUGGUGUACACGGAUCCCGCUGGCCUCCGCACCUACCUCACAUCGCAAGUCACAGAGCAGAGCCCGCUGGGCGAAGCGGGGCUGCCUCCCAUGCCCGUUCCUGGAGGGUUCCUCUCGGCUGGGGACACCAAGCUCGCCCUCUCGGUCUUCCCGUCAGAGUCCGUGCAGCGGUCAGAGAACCAGACGCAGCAGCAGCGGGAGCAGAAGGAGGCGCUGGAGGCAGAUCAGCAGCUGUGGGCCCAGGGCCUGGAGCGCCACGGCGGGGGGCAGCCGGAGCCUGGCUCCAAGGCGGAGGUCACGUGGGGAGUGGAGGAUGAGGAGAUCUGGAGGAAGCUCUCCUUCCGCCACUGGCCCUCCCUCUUCAGCUACUACAACAUCACCCUGGCCAAAAGGUACAUCAGCAUCUUGCCAGCAAUCCCCGUCACCUUGUACCUGGAUCCACAAGAAGCCUUAGAAGUGCGCCACCCACAGGAGGCUAAUCGCUACCACUCGUUCUUCCCUUCGAGCCUUGGGAAGCUGGAGGCGCUGGAUCAGCCUCGCGAGGCCUUGCCCAAACUGCAAGGACACCAGGACAUCACACUCUACAAGGUAGCUGCUCUGGGCCUGGCCUCCGGCAUUCUCCUGGUUCUGCUGCUCUUUUGCCUGUACCGAGUGUUCUGCCCCAAAACCUAUGGGCAGAGCGGGCUCUCUCACAGCCGGAGGAAGAGGGGGGACCUGCCCUGUGACGACUACGGCUAUUCCCCACCCGAGACCGAGAUCGUCCCCCUGGUCCUCAGGGGGCACCUCAUGGAUAUCGAGUGCCUGGCCAGUGACGGGAUGCUGCUCGUCAGCUGCUGCCUCGUGGGUCAGAUCCGAGUGUGGGAUGCUCAGACUGGAGACUGCCUCACUGUCAUCCCCAAACAAGGGUUGCGCAGAGACAGCAGCGGCAUCUUUGAUUACCAGGAGAGCUGGGACCAGAGCCCAGACCCCCAGAACGGGCCAGAGGAUUCCUUCGACGGUAGCCACCCGCUCAAGAGGAUGCUGAGCCCCCUGCUGCCCCCUCUGUUCUACAACCAGCCGGACCUCACCUCUCUCAUCGACACCAACUUCUCGGAUCAGGCCAAGGGGGUGGGGCCGGAGCCCAGGCACCGCGCCGCCUGCGGCCGGCACAGGGACACGGGCUAUGACUUCAGCAGGCUGGUGAAGAAGGUCUAUGAGGAGCAGAGCACUUCAAACUGCAUGAACUUUGCUGGUUUCCCGGCUCCCCCCGGACAGGCUGCUUUCUGCGCUGGCCUGAGCUGCGGGGCUGGGGAGGGAGGCUGCAGCGCCCGCAGGAAGAGCCUUGGGGACGAGCCUUUUGCCGGAUUUGACAAGUCCUCCCCCGUCUCUGCCUGGAGCGGUGACUUGGAAAGCUCUGUCUGGAGCCUGGACCUGCAGGGGAACCUCAUCGUGGCUGGCCGGAGCAACGGGAACCUGGAGGUGUGGGAUGCCAUCGAGGGGUCCCUCCGGUGCAGUAACAAGGAGGGCCAGUCCGGGAUCACAGCACUCGUCUUCCUGAGCACCCGGAUUGUGGCUGCCAGGUUGAACGGCUCCUUGGAUUUCUUUUCGCUAGAAACCCAUGCCUCCUGCAACCCCCUGCAGUUCCGAGGAACCCCUAGCAGGAGCAGCGUCCCAUCGUCCCCCAUGUGCAGCAGCAGCGACCUUAUCAUGUGCCAGCUGACCCACACAGUGUCCUGUGCCCAUCAGAAGCCAAUCACUGCACUGAAGGCUGCGGCUGGGCGGCUGGUGACAGGCAGCCAGGACCACACGCUGAAAACGAUGGGGCUGGCAAGCGGCGGCCAGGACGGCGCCAUCUGCCUGUGGGACGUGCUGACAGGAAGCAGGGUCAGUCACAUGUACGCCCACCGCGGGGACGUCACCUCCCUGACCUGCACCACCUCCUGCGUGAUCAGCAGCGGCUUGGACGACGUGAUCAGCAUCUGGGACCCCAGCUCUGGGAUCAAACUCUAUUCCAUCCAGCAGGCAGGUGUCGGGCUGGGGGGGCUGGGAGUGGCAGGCGCCCCGGGCCCUGGGGCAUGUGUCUGGGGGGCUCCGAUUGCUGGGGGCUCCCUUCUUCCAGAUGGGGGGUGUCCAGGCCAACCCGCUCGUGCUCCCAGCUCAGCGUUCCCUAGCCAGCUGGGGCUCUGCAGGGAGCACCUUUGUGGUGGGGAGGCCGGCGCGGAGGGGCCCUGUGAGCAGCAUGGACUGUGGGGCACCUGGGCUGCGCUGGGGGCAGUGCAGAAAUGA